GUAAAAGCUUAACGAGUUGAAUGAAUCCCUCUAGAGAUCGUCUUAAUUAUUGCCCGUAUCACUGCCUUGUUUGCUUUGGAUAAUGGUAGCCUUCGACAUCACAUUCACGCACUAGAGGAUCAAGAUGAAGGCUACCGGCCAUAGCAACUUGUUCCACGUUUUAACUUUAAGCGUUUUCCUGGAAUCUUUAACUUUUACACAAGAACAGAAAGUGGGGGACAGCACCUCGAUGUCUCCGCUUCAGCUCGUUUUAUCAGAACAAAAUCAUGACAAGCCACAUCAGCGUCACAGAACAAUGACAACGGAUCAAACUAACGACCAGAAUUUGCAGUACAUGCUUAAUUUGUAUUGGCAAUCUACACAUAGUAAUGGCAGUAACAAGGAGCUCAGAGAGCUGGGCUCUAACACAGUGAGACUCGUCCGAUCUUCCGCCAGCAACACGCAGCAUGACUCCGCUUUUACAGUUCCCUGGAAUGCCCACACGGUGGAGUACGAGCUCAAGAUCCUCCCUAGGGAAAAGCUGGUAAAGGCAGCUUUAGUCCACUCGAGAGGCCUGUCUCCACGCAAAUGGCCCGUCAGCUGUGAGGUCACGGUCACCUCCCUGGGAUCGUCAGGCGAGGCCACCUGGGGAGGCAGAGUCGUCUUCAAAGCUGAGGACCAGUGGACGCAGAUGGACAUUACUCGGCACAUCUCUCGGCACGCAGGGCAGCACUUGUCCUUUGACAUCCGGUACAGGUGUACUGAAGGAGGCUGGUUGAGGAGGAGGAGGAGGACAAGCGGUCUGCCCUCCAGAACAACUCAGCUGAGAGCUCCUGCUCUGCUCCUGUACCUAGAUGAUGAGGGGGCGGCCCACUGGGAGAGCCUUCCUGGACUCCACAGGGAGCCUGUUCCUCUCAGGCGCUCCAGACGGGCAAGACACGUGGGCAGCAUCGGCUCGGACAUCCCCAACUACCAGCAGAAGAGCACUGCGUCCAAAAACCUCUGCAAGCUCCACUCCUACAGAGUCACCUUUCAAGAACUCGGAUGGGAGCACUGGAUUAUUGCUCCCCACAAAUACAACCCCCGAUAUUGCAAGGGUGAUUGUCCGCGGGUCCUUCAUUAUGGCUAUAACUCGCCCAACCAUGCCAUUGUGCAGAAUUUCAUCCAUGAGCUGGCCAACAGCGAGGUGCCGCCACCUGCCUGUGUGCCCUACAAGUACAAGCCCAUCAGUGUCCUGAUGAUGGAGAAGAACGGCAGUAUCGUCUACAAGGAGUACAAGGACAUGAUCGCUGAGUCCUGCACCUGCAGAUAAAGAGGAGCCACUUAGGAGGCAAUCUCUACACUUCGAGAGCGAAAGCACCCCACUAUUUUUAUAUCUUGAACUCCUUGCGUUCUGAAAUCUACCCUGCGCUCGAGUUGCUCAGGUAGUUGCAGGGAUGCAGUGUCUGCCAGCAUGCUUCAGGCUAAUGUGCGGUUCGUCAGGGGCCUUUGACAAAGCUGUCGGUGUUGGUUUUAAAGUCACUAGGAUGUCUUAAGUGGAACCCUUCUCCCCAUCCUUUUGAAAUACUUAGUUAGCAAUUGUCACUUGUCAAUGGGUGAUCCCAGAACUCUCUGAGGACCAUUUCUGAGGAGUUCUUGCUGAGGUUAACGGUGCCAGUCUGUCCUGAUGAUGGGCAAAGUUCAGGUCGUAUUAAAAGAAGCAUCACCAGGAUGAUUCCAUGGAGCUUUAGCGUUGCCGUUUUUAGGUGUGCGUCUCAAAGUAGUUUCAAACCCUGGAAGAAAGGGACAUGGGAGGGUUACAGUUGCUCUGAACUCAUGCACAAUGUUGACACUUGGGUUUGAAUAAAGUGCAAACUGCACAUUGGCUGCUGCAGUCGUGAGUGACAAGCCUUUUUUUUAUGAAAACAUUUCUUAACUUUUAAAGGAUUUCAAAGGUGAAGGGAGAUGAAGAGCUUAGCGGAAUCUGAAAGAGUCCUUUACUUAAUUGUUCUGGUAAAGGGAUGACCUUGCAAAGUGGUUUGGCUGUUCCAGAAUGGCAGCAGGGUGUAAUCUCCCAACUAACUAACUUUGGGGGAAUAUGUGCAAUAUGUCAAGAGGAACAAUAUUCACAGCUGUUUUUUGUGGCCAAGACCACUUCUUACACAAUGUAUAUUUUAUGAUCUAUGUGAGGCAAAUGCAGAAGAAAUUAAAUAAAAUGCGUUUUCUAAAAUCA